CACCCGCCCAUCCGGCCGGCCAUCAUGAAGUACCUCGGCAAGAGCCAUAAUCUAUGGCACCGUAUGACGCCUCUUUAGAGCAACUAGCACUAGAACAGGGUGCCAUAAUCUCCCAGCGGCCAAGAAGGACCAUCACGACUCCUAUGAUAUGGAGCCAGUGACCAACCCACAACAGGAGAUCCUUGAUUCACUCUCAGAGAUGUAUUCCUUGUUAAAAGAAGAGGACUUGUGGGCCGGUCUGUGGCAGACGGUCGCUCACUAUGCUGAGACCAGACAGGCUGUGACUUAUGAACAACAUGGCUUCCUGGAACAAGCUCUGGCGGCCUUAACUUUCCAUGUCCAAGGCCCGGGCGGACAUUGCUGUGAGACCAUCCCCUGGGAAGCUGCAGUCAGAGAUGAAGUUGUGGGAGGACCGAUGGAUCAGAUGUGCAAAGGAACUGAAUCAGUGGAACCUUGUGCAGGAGUAUGGCAGCAGUGAGGCAUGUGGUAACCCUCUGUUGGUGCUGGAGAGUGCCUGGAGGGUCCCUGACUGGGCCCGCAUGAAGGAGGCCCUGGCUCACGUUGAACAGUCCUACCCUAAAGAGUUGGCCUGGAAG